ACACAGGAAGAAGCAAGAACAGGGUAGACACACAAACACAAGCCCCCCCCCACCCCAUACACACGGUUAGGAGGAGCAGUGAGGAGCACGAAACACACACCCUUCAGCAUCCUUUCAGGAGCAGCUUAGCAUCAGUACCCAAGAUCAUCCACUUCUCGCAGACGGUGUAAUCUGCCAACAUGGCUGAGGGUGCAGGUGAGGUUUCGCUGGGAGAAAUUGAGACUUCAUUCCGUAAAUUUGCAGUUCAUGGAGACACCAAGGCGACAGGGAAGGAGAUGAACGGGAAAAACUUUGUUAAGCUGUGUAAGGACUGCAAGGUCAUCGACGGAAAAAACGUCACCAGCACAGAUGUGGAUAUCGUCUUCAGCAAAGUCAAGGCUAAGUCAGCACGUGUCAUUACAUUUGAGCAGUUUACUCAAGCCAUGUCCGAACUGGCUCCGAAACGUUUUAAAGGGAAAAGCCAGGAGGAGGCAGUACAGAGUCUCUAUGGACUCAUUGCCGGAAAAGAACCUGCCAACAUAGGUGUCACUAAAGCGGCAAAAGCGGCUGCUGUGGACAGGUUAACAGACAGCAGUAAGUAUACUGGUUCUCAUAAGGAGCGCUUUGACGCAUCAGGAAAAGGAAAAGGCCGCGAGGGGAGGGAGGACAUCCCGGAUACCAGCGGAUACGUCUCGGCAUUCAAAGGCCAAGGCACCUAUGACAGCAAAGUUAAGGAGGACGAAUGAGAGAGAAAUAGCUAAAAGGAGACAAAUGCUUUAUGUAUAUGCAUUAUGACAUUGUGUAAAGUCUUCCUAUUAUUUUGUUAGCAUCUGGAUUUUGGCAUGCAUGCAAAACAAAUCCCUGCAUGGCUCACAGAGUUAAGUUUGCAGAAGAUUAUGCUUUGUGAAUGUACUCUCGCAAAAAUACCCUCAGGCGAGGUUUGUCUUAACAUCAAGUUAAUGACUGUUGAUACCUGCUGUUUAGCAGUAGAGCUUUUACAGGUAUGAGGUAAUUUAUGCAAUACGUAGCAGUUUUAAGUGUUAUAAAUUGCUGACAUUACUGUGUUAAUGGAUUUAUGUCCCAAUUUAAUAAUGUUACACUACAGUGAUUUUAGUUCUUCAUCUCAUGUUCAGAAAUCACUCAUGUUUAUCACUCUAUUACUCAUGUUUACAGAAAAUAAAAAUGUAAUUUAAAUGAUACAUUAAAUUUGAUUAAAUUUAAUGGUACAUUAGUGUGAGUAAUAUUAUCCAGGCAGUAUAGUUAUAAUAUUGUACCUAACUUUAAUGUAGUUACUGUAGAUAUAUUUUUGUGUUUUAGUGUACCUUACUAUUUUAUCAAAUGGUAGCAUGACUGUAUAGUUCAAUAACAACAAGCGUUAAGCUUGAAAAGCUAUAGCUUCCCAAAAACUGCCGUAGUUAUCUGUAAAAAGAAACAUGAUCUUACACUAAACAAACAAAACAGCUUUCCUUGUAGAAGAUAUGCAACAGCACUACCUAACAGAAAAUGGUCAAAUUGACGGAGAUUGGGUCAUUGUGUUAUUAAAUGUUUUAUUUGAUUACAUAUUUGCCCAAUUUUUGCACAAUGCUUUAAGCUUCCAAAAAUAAAACUUGAAUGUGGAAACGCUUUUUCUCACUCUCUAUCUCUCUGCAGAAGCUAAUAUAUUUAGCACUUUAUGUGUUAAUGUUUGGUCUUUGUUGUGCUAAGAUCUUUAUCAGACUGUAAACACUGGACUGGAGUCAACUCAAAUAAAAUGGGUAUUAAGAAUGG